UUGAAUGCGGGCAGAUGUCACAACAAUGGAAUCUUCAUUCUUCUGGGGUCCUAACUGCCUUCAUUCUCCAAAACCAUCUGUGGGCGAAACAGGUCUCCUUGUCUCUCCUCCCCCACCCGGGAGCCCGUGCGGGAGGAACGGAGCACUAGACCCGGGCCACAGACCCAGGAACGCUCAAUGGAGGCCGAAAGUGAGCACAUGAGCAUUUUUAAAAACUGUUGGGGGGCUGUGGUGACCAACAAAAGAGAAAUGUGAAAGACCUUUGAAACAUGAAAACCAAUACCAUUAAAGAAAGAGAUGAAUCUUCUAGUGUGCUCCUGGGCCUUCCGUCCUUCAACACUUCAAAACAAUGACUAUGGAAAAUAUUGGUCAUCACCUACAGAGGCCGAAUAUUUUGAAGAGGAUACUUCUAAUGAUCAACUAGAAAUCCCAUCAGAAGCAGAUGCCACUAACAUCCACACUAUUUCUGAAGACUUAACCCACUCAGAUUCUCAUUUGUGUGAGGAAAGCAGUUCUAUAACUUCAGACUUACUUCAGGACAAAAUACACAAGAUACAAAGAGAAAAAGAACCCACCUUCACAAUUUACAAAGAUUAUGCCACACUAGACAACUUCAAACAUGAUAACAGUCUUAAGGACCAUUUAGAGACUGUACUAAUAUCUCCAGACAACACCAAGUCUAUCAUUCAUGGAGGCUUUGAUUCCAUUUGCAAAUUCCACAAAACAGAAGACCUAAAUAAUGAAGGUAAACUACUUCGGAAUGAUGAUGACCAAUUAUCCUCUACAGGGCAACCAGCACCACAAAACCAAUUUUGUGGUUCUACCAGCAGUAUAAAACAGGAAAAAAAUCUAGAGCAAAACGAUACAGUGACAAUUUUUAUCAAAAAAGAAGUGUAUACUGAGCAGACUUUGGUAAAUGCCCCUAAAAGUCCACAUCUGACGAUCUAUGAUGAAUUUGAAGAACCUCUCCCAAUAUCAGAAGAGUCAUUAUUUGACAGCAUUAUUAAGGACACCUCCAUAAACCUCAAGAAGACCUCGAGCUUCUUAUUUGAGAAAAAUGUAUGCACAGAGGUUGGGGAAUCAUAUCUUAAAGAAGGGUUCGACCAGACUGCUAUCCAUACAGCCCAGGUGAUUGAUGCUGAGCACUAUAUUGAACUCACAAAUAACUUAGGAGACACCAGCAUUCUACAUCUGCCAUGCCCUCUGGACAAAAACAAAGAAUUGGUUCAAGAUCUAAUACAGUCAAAUAGAUGUGACCCAAAAAAUAGAAUGAGUAACAUUCUUUGUCAACUGUUAGAUGGGGAAAAUGAUAGCUAUCACUUUGAAGUUAGGCGUAUCUUUGUUAAUCCGAAGGAAUCCAAGGAUGCUGUGGAGGGCCCUGAGAAGUCAAACAUUUGCCCAAAGAAAGUAAAGGAAGAGUCUGAAAAUCACAAUGAGAAUUUCCUAACUUAUUUCACAGACACCAGUUCUUGGAGUGAGGCAUCUAUAGAGGAUUUCAAUACCCAAGAUGCAAAGCAGGGUUUUGAAAGUCUGACGCCCCUGGUGGAGGAGCAUAUAGAUUUUAAUGAUGUCAUAAAUACAUUAAAACAGGAUAACCAUAAGCAGCAAAAUAAAAUACUAGAACUGGAAUGUAGUAACUUGUAUUUAGAGAAUAAUGUCAAAGAGCUACAAAUGAAAAUUUCCAAACAAGAGGUUUUUGUUGACAUAAUAAAUAAGCUGAAGGAAAAUGUUGAAGAACUCAUUGAAGAUAAGUACAAGGUUAUCCUAGAAAAAAAGGAUAUUGAAAACUCCUUGAAGAAUUUGCAGAAGGCUUCAGCUGAAAUAAAAAAACAGCUUGAGGAAUCUAUUCUUGAAAAAAACACUUUAAUACUAGAGCUUAAAAGUAUGAAAACAGAUUACGUUCUUCUUCAGGAGCAACACAAGAAUGAAUUAGAGCUAAAGAAUAAAUCUUUAAGUUAUUGUUUAGAAAUGGACAAAAUCUUAAAUAAGAAGGAGGAAGAAAUAGGGAAGUUACAAAAUCUGAGAGGAGAACUAGAGACUGUGACUUCAGCUCUGGAGAUACUCCAAACAGAAUUCCAGAGACAUGAGGAAGUCAAAAUACAAGAAAGGCAAGAAUUGAAAUCUAGUCUUGGCAAAUUGGUUGCUCAAGUUAAAGUUUUGCAGUCAAAUUCUGAAAAUGAAAGAGCUAAGAAUGCCAAAUUACAGCAGCAAAUCAAUAAGGUAAAAAAUGAGAAUGCAAAACUUCUGCAGCAAGUUGAAAGGAGUGAGGAACAAAACUAUAAUUGGAAACUUGAGACAGCUCAGUGGAAACAACAGCUGGAGGAAAUAAUAGAGUCAGAUACUACAAAGAAAGAGGUAUUAAAGAAAAAAGAAAAAGAGAUAGAGUGGAAAAUAUACAUGUUGGGGAGGUUUUUUCAGGAUAUGAAGAUAAUGCAUUCAAAUUUGUUCCUGGACUGUCAGCCUUUAGAAGAAGAGAAUUGGAAUUCACCAUAUAUGAAAAAAAUUUCUCAGUUUAUAUCGAAGAUGCACAAUUUAGUGACUCUAAUGGUGGGACUAUUCACCUUUGAGGAUACAGAUAAUCCUGAUACUGAACAUUUAUAUACCAGGAAGAAUGUUUAUGAUAAAAUGAAGUAUUUCAAUCUAAAGAAGAAAAGUUUGGAAAAAGAGCUUCUGAAACAUAAGGAAAGAAUCUCAGCCUUUAGGGAAUUAAUUGCUAAUGAAAAAGCUUCUCAAGAGGAAGUUUUUGAGGACAAAGUUAAUGAUUUAGAAGAACUUGAGAAUUAUUCAGAGAUGCCUGGCUUAUUAGGAAACAAACUAGAUCGAUACCAUAAUCUAAAUGAAGAGCUUAAUUCCCUGAUUGGCAAAUUGACAAACCUUCUUGAGUACAAAGAAGACCAGUGCAACAAACUCAUGGAAGAAAAUGAUGAGUAUCAAAAACAUUUAGGAAGCCUAAUAAAUAAGAUUCUCUCUCUCCCACCAUCCCUCCUCUCACCCCUCCCUGAAAUGGUAACAUCAUAUGAGGAGAUCAUAGAGUGUGCUGACCAAAGGCUUGAGAUAUCUCACUCCCAGAUUGCACAUUUGGAAAAGAAGAAUAGACAAUUAGAAGAUAUAAUUAAGAAGCCUAAACCACAAAUCUCAAGUUUAAGAACAAAAGGCUUAGAAAAACAGCCAAAGUCCAUGACCAUGGUACCUCAUAUCUUGGAAGCAAAUAGAAAAGACUUAAAUUCAACAAAACUGAAGACUAAAUAUUGCCAGUCCUACAGCCAUCCCAGAAACAGAGUGGUUCCACAGUGAAGUGCCCAAAUAAUAUAUGUAAAAUGAUGUAUUAAAGUUAAUGUGAGACAGAGCAAGAAGAAA